AGGUCCCUCCUCUCAAUUAAAAAAACGAGAACCCUAAACCGGCGCCCCCAGAACCCUAAACCCUAAAGCUCCCUCCUUAAUUUCUUUCUUCCUCUUCUCUUCAGCCAUGGGUCGCCGAGAGGACAGCAGCAGCAGCAGCAGCAUCAUGAAACCCCUCUCCGCUUGUACCACCACCGCGGAAGCGAUGGAGGUCGAGAGGGCGGAAAGCCCGAAUCUUGUCGAGGACUCGAUCGAGGAGGGAACCCUAGUUGGAAGCGACAGGACCAGCGCCGACUACUACUUCGACUCUUACUCACAUUUUGGCAUACACGAAGAAAUGUUGAAAGACAUUGUGAGGACAAAGACAUAUCAGAAGGUUAUUUAUCAGAAUUCCUUCUUCUUGAAGGACAAAGUAGUACUUGAUGUUGGUGCUGGGACAGGAAUUCUUUCUCUUUUCUGUGCGAAAGCAGGAGCCAAACAUGUCUAUGCAAUUGAAUGCUCCCAAAUGGCUGAUAUGGCGAAAGAGAUCGUUCAAGUAAAUGGAUUUUCUAAUGUCAUAACAGUCCUAAAGGGAAAAGUAGAAGAGAUUGAGCUUCCUGUACCCCAUGUAGACAUCAUCAUUUCUGAGUGGAUGGGCUAUUUUCUUCUGUAUGAAAAUAUGCUCAAUACUGUCCUAUAUGCACGAGAUAAAUGGCUAGUUAAUGAUGGAAUUAUUUUUCCCGACAAAGCUUCUUUAUACUUGACAGCAAUUGAAGAUGCUGAAUACAAAGAUGACAAGAUUGAAUUCUGGAAUAAUGUAUACGGCUUUGAUAUGAGCUGCAUCAGAAAACAGGCUAUGAUGGAACCGCUUGUUGAUACUGUAGACCAGAAUCAAAUAGUCACUAAUUGCCAGCUACUGAAGAUGAUGGAUAUCUCGAAAAUGACUCCUGGGGAUGCCUCUUUUACUGCACCAUUCAAACUUAUAGCAGAACGUGAUGAUUAUAUACAUGCACUCGUUGCAUACUUUGAUGUCUCAUUUACUAGAUGUCACAAACUGAUGGGCUUUUCUACAGGACCGAGAUCAAGGGGUACUCACUGGAAGCAAACAGUUCUAUACCUUGAAGAUGUUCUAACUGUUUGUGAAGGAGAAGCCGUGGUCGGGAGCAUGACGGUGGAGCCUAACAAGAAGAAUCCUCGGGAUAUUGAGAUACUGCUCAAAUAUUCUCUAAAUGGACGGCGCUGUCAAGUCUCAAGAACUCAACAUUACAAAAUGCGGUAACCCCUGCACUGUGGAAGAGACGAUUAUAAUUGUAUGACUAGUUAAUUUCAUUCAUUCCUGAGAGUACUUAUCUUCAUUUGUUCGUGUCUUAUUGACUGUAUGGAAAUUUAAACUUGCAAUUUUCAAAUGAAAUUAUUUGUUUUUCGUGAAAUUAUAAUCGAUCUUGCUGCUAA